AUGACCGCGCCGCCGUCGUUCAAGUCAUUCGCCGCUCCCUCUUUCUCGUCUUUCCCAGACCUCGACGCGCCCAAGGCUGGCCCCAGCUCACAUAAGCUUGAUGACGAUGUACGCAUGAAGGAGAGGAAGUCCAAGAAGGAGGACAAGGAGAGGCGGUCACGGCGAGAGGACAGAGAGAAAUCGGGGAGGAGAAGGUCUAGGGAGCGCGACGGGGACAGGGAUAAGCCUAGACGGAGAUCCAGAGAGCGCGAUGGCGAGCGCAAGGACCGCCAUCAUCGUUCCCACCGCGAUGGACGCGUCCGCGACCGGAGCCGUGACCGCGACGACCACAAGCGACACAAGGACGAGCACCCGUUUGCUUCGGACGAGCGAGCAAAGGCCGCUCAAGACGCUCAAUCACGGUCGUCUUAUAUUACCUCAGAUCUACUGGAGAAGCCUAUAUUUUACUCGGAUAAGCGCGGCGACCCCGCCAACGUACACUACGGACGGCCAGACUCCAAGUACGUUCCAGACUACAGGCAUGUCGCCGGCGGGCGCCAUGUGCUCGGACUCGCCAACGGCUUGACGGUGUUGUACCGAGGCAGUAAGGGCGUUGAGGUUGGAGAACGGAGUUGGGGUGGCAGAAAGAUCGCCGGACUUACGGACGCGAACUCUCGCGCAAUGCUCAAGGCGCCGCCGACACAUCGGCUUAUCCCGUCCGAGCGCUCACUAAGGAAGUACGAGCCAGAUGCGAAUGGUGUCAUUCGUCUCUCCGCGAGGCGCGGCAAGAGUGCUCAGGAAGAGCCGGAUUGGCGCGCAAUCGAACCGGCCAAGGACUCGGAUGUGUCUUCAGAUGAGGAGCAUGGGGCGUCAGAAGAGUCGGAUGAAGACGAGGACGCGACGCCCGUGACGGCGUAUCAAGAACGCCUGCUUGCAUUACAACGAGCGACGGAUGAAUCGCCCGCACUGGUCGAAGGAUGGACAUCUUUACUCGGGCAUAUGCUCUCGCAAGUUCCUCUAUCGUCUCGCGGAGCCGUCAAGGCGCGGGCAGAGAUCACCAUCUCCGUACUCGAGCGCGCAUUGCGGACUGUACCAUCGAGCAAAGCCACUCCUUUGCGAUUACUCUAUCUGCAGGCAGGCGAGGAAGUGUGGGAGUUGAAAGAUUUGCAGGAAAAGUGGGCGAAAGCAAUGGAAGGCGAAGAUGCAAAUGCGGACAUCCGUGCCGCAUGGUUUGAAUGGAGGAUAAGGAGGGCGGAAGGAGGGCUCGACGCCGUGCUGAAAGACGCUAUGAAGGCGUUUGAUGCCACUGGACAGGAUGAGAUGGAGAAGUUGAGGUUGUUCUGGCGUGUAGCCGUUCUAUUACGACAAGCUGGCUUCACCGAACGGGCGUCUGCGAUGUUCCAAGCACAAGCAGAACUCACAUAUCACUGCCCACCCUCCUUUGCAGGGGCAUUUCUGACUUCACGGCUCGACAAGCUCGAGGAGUUCUGGGAGUCUGAGGUCCCGCGUGUUGGCGAGUUAAGCGCGCAGGGCUGGGCAGCUUGGCUUACCGCCGGGAAACCGAAGUACAAUACAGCUAAUGCCGCGACAUCCACUGUUUCUUUGCCAUCUUCGGAAGAUGCAUAUCAUCAAUGGGCGCAUCGCGAAUCCGUUUCAGACCGUGUGGUCAAACCGGCCCUGCGUUCGAUGGACCCAGAGGCGGAAGAAGACCCAUACUCGACAAUCCUCUUCGGCGAUAUACGACCGUUUCUCUUUACGAUGUCUUCGCAACGCGCCCGCAGUGCCUUCCGCCUGGCCUGGCUCUCGCUCCUCGGUCUCCAUGUGCCUGGCUUCGAGACCUCGCUCGACCCUCAAUCAGCGCGCGCCGCGACGGACGACAACUGGGCCAUGCAGUACCUAUGCGCUCCUGCGCGUCUAGACGCGCUCUUCCCUUCAUCUGUAUCGCAACGUGCUGGCGAAGCAGACGCGCAGGCUGGUGUACUCAUCGGUCCAGAAGAGCACUAUGCUCCAAGCUUUGGGCCCGUGAAGCACUGGGCGUACCGUACUUUGGGCCCGCUCGAAGGGAUGGACUUCCAGCCCAUGUCUAGUGUGAAAUGGACUCUUUGGGACACUCGCGACGUGGCGGACGUAGACGUCGCACUCGCCAGGAACGUCUUUACUGCGUGCCGUGCGGGCACCGAUGACGUCGAAUGGGAUGCGCUCGCGCUCUCGUUCGAGGCGGCCGUCAACAUCAAAGGAGCGUUGAAACUGUCGCGCUCGUUCCUUGCGUCCGCACAGGAAUCGAUGCCUCGCUGGGCUACACACGCGCGUCUAGAGCGUCUACGGGGUCGUGCGGCGGAUGCUCGGAAAGUGUACGAGACGGUGCUGCUAUCUCCGACUGCCGAGCAGAAUAGACUGAGUGCCGGGGCGCUGUGGUGGGACUGGGCGGAGAUGGAAUGGUUGGCUGGCGAUGAUGCUGCUGUCCGACACGUUGUACUACGUGCAGCUGGUGUAGAGGGUGAUGGCGGGGUGCAAGUUCUAAGAGCUAAACGAGCUCUAGCCGAGACGGCUGCAAGCGUGCCUACGCCACUGUGGAAAGCACGCGAGGCAUGGACACGGCUCGGCGCGCUGCUCGAGCUCCUUGCGGGCUCCGAUUUAUCACCCGUGAUUGAUAUUCCUACUGGUGGGAAUGCGGCGGCGGCGGAAAGUGCUGCUGUUGCUGGCCUCUCACUGCGAUAUCAUCAUGUCGUCUCGCGCCGUGGGCGAGCAGGCGAUCUGCGCGAGCGGCUGGAAGAAGCCGUCCCUGCGUUUCCGGGUAAUACAGCGUUGUUGGGUAUGCAUCUGGAGAUGCAGAAGGGUCGUGGCGUAUGGAGUCGGGCACGAGAUGUCGUCCAGGGUGGUGGUGUUGCGCGGCGCGUUGCGGAAGUGUGGGCCGCAGGAUGGGUUCCUGCGAGAUGGGCGUGGGAGGUUGAGAGAGCGAGAGCAGGCCUUGCGGAGGCGGUCAUUGAUGAAAGGACGAGGGGCAGCGCAGUACUUUGGAGAGUGUGGCUUGCACUUGAGGUGCGCGCCGGGGAUCUGAAGAGGGCGAAGGAGGUUCUGGUUCAGGCGAUCGCUGCUUGCCCACUCGUGAAGGAGUUAUAUCUACCCGCCUUCGGAGCCCUGCGCAGCGUAUUCACUGCCGUUGAACUGAAUCGUUUGGUUGAAACGAUGGCAGAGCGGGGGAUCCGGAUGAGGAGGAUCCUCGAUGAGGCUCUACAGAUCGAAGAGGAUGGCGAUGUGGACAUGAGCGCGGAGGAGGAUGAGAUCGAGGCAGAGUCGAGGGAAUACAGCAGAUUAAAGCCCUACGGAGGGCCAUACCAAUAA